AAUUUCCACAAUCCUACGACUAGCCCGUGUCUUGCACGGGUCAAACAAAGUUAUUGUAGUCACCCAAAAUCAAUUCCCGCUCAAACACUCUCCUAGAGUCCUAGAGUCCUAGCCCCAAAUCCCUCAUCCUCCAAAUCCUCUCCCUCGAGUCUCUCCUAAUAUGUCGCUAAUGUCCGCCACUGCCGGCGACAGAAGUUUCCGGCGGGGCCCCAAAACCCCACUUCUCCCUGAAAAUCACUACCAAUACGACAAACACUACCAUCCCCAUCACCACGGUACCGAACACUUCGAGGGCUUCGACGGCGCCUCAUUUUCAGGUGCUGUGUUCAAUCUCUCCACGACCAUCGUCGGCGCAGGAAUUAUGGCUCUUCCCGCCACUUUUAAGCAGCUCGGCCUUAUCCCCGGCGUAACCCUAAUUAUCCUCGCCGCUCUAUUGACAGAAUUCUCCAUCGAUAUGAUUCUUCGAUUCAGUAAGGCUUCCAAGUCUACCUCUUACGCAUCCGUCGCCGGCGAUUCUUUCGGCGUUUUCGGCCGUACAAUAUCGCAGGUCUGCAUUAUCGUCAACAACCUCGGCAUGCUUGUCGUCUAUUUGAUCAUUAUCGGUGAUGUGCUGGCAGGAACGUGGACGAUGGGAUUACGACAUAGAGGGUUAAUGGAGGAAUGGUUUGGACAGCAAUGGUGGUGGACCUCACGCUCAAUUUUACUUCUUCUUACUACUUGUUUUGUUAUUGCGCCUCUCAUUUCUUUUAAGCGUGUUGAUUCACUGAGGUAUACAUCAGCCUUGUCGGUGGGUUUGGCUGUUGUAUUUGUCGCAAUUACUGCAGGAGUAACGAUUGUAAAGAUGUUGGAGGGAACCAUAAAAAUGCCUCCCCUGUUUCCUGAACUAGUGGACCAAGCAGCAUUCUGGAAGCUCUUUACAACUAUUCCAAUUCUAGUUACCGCGUAUAUUUGCCACCACAAUGUGCAUCCCAUUGAGAACGAACUUACAGACCCCUCCCAGAUGAAGUCAAUUGUUAGGACGUCACUCAUAUUGUGCUCCUCGGUUUAUGUUGCCACAAGCUUUUUUGGGUUUCUUUUGUUUGGGGAACAAACACUGGAUGAUGUGCUUGCAAAUUUUGAUGGAGACCUUGGGGUUCCAUAUAGUUCACUGCUAGAUGAUGUGAUAAGAGUCAGUUACGGUGUCCACUUGAUGCUUGUGUUCCCUAUUGUAUUCUACUCCCUUCGCCUCAAUGUGGACGGACUACUCUUUCCACAUGCCAUACCCAUAGGAUAUGAUAAUAAGAGAUUCUACUCACUGACUGCAUGCCUUAUGGGCUUCAUAUUUCUGGGGGCCAACUCUGUGCCCAGCAUCUGGGAUGCAUUCCAGUUCACAGGUGCUACUGCUACUAUAUCUGUUGGAUACAUCUUUCCGGCUGCAAUUGCCCUAAGAGAUAACCAUGGCAUUGCAACAAGGAAAGAUAGAUUAAUUUCAUGGGUAAUGAUUCCAUUAGCUGUGUUAUCAAGUACUGUGGCCAUUCUAAGUGACAUUUAUAGCUUUUUUGUUACCAACAAAGGACAUGAAACUUGAUCCUAACGGAGUCCUCUGAUAUUGGCGCUAUAUUUGGUUUGGCCUUGAUCGAUACACGAGAAGAAAAUCUAAUGUGUCAAGAAACAACCUUUCAUCUUGUUUUGAUACAUGGAACCGCAUGUAUCACGAGAAGAAGACGACACUAGAUGAUCUUGUUUUGAUACAUGGAACCGCAUGUAUCACGAGAAGAAGACGACACACCAAACCAUAAAGGGAGAUUGAGCCGGAGCGACAGAACAGAGACGACCAUAGACCCAUAACAAUUAUUUAUCAAAUACUUUUCCACAAACUUUUAGUAUAUGAAACUAGCUUAUACAAUCAAAUCAAAUCAAAUCAAAUAAUGCAAACUACUCUCUCUAUUUUUUAAUAA